CCACAAUAUCAGUCUAAAUACGAAAAAGAUAUUUACAGCAUAAAAAUUUCCUAAUCGGAAGCUUUAAUUUUCCGAUUAAUUAGAACCUCUUUUUUCGACACAUUCAUCAUUUCGGAGCGUAAAAUCCCGGCUUCACUAAAAAAGUGCGAAACAUCCUUGACGCCAUAAAACAUCUCAGGUAGAUAUAAAGGUAUAUAAAAAGAAUAAUUUGCCUAUUUACGAGAUAUUCAUCUUUUUAAGUUUAUCGUUAAAUUGCUACUCAACGAACAAUUACUGAAAAUCGUGUUUGUGUCUAUAAUUUGUUUACUUUGAAGAGCAUUUUAAGAUGAGGGGUGUGUCUGCAAUAGUGGCAUCUCUCUGUGUCAUCCUCUUGAUAAUCCAAACUAUAUCUGCAGCACCUGCGCCAGAUCCUCAUUGGGGAGGAGGACAUGGUUACGGAGGAACAAAAAUAAUCGUGAUUAAAAAAAUAGGAUAUGGCGGUGGUGGAUAUGGACAUCAUCGCGGUGGAUAUGGCGGAGGACACGGUGGUGGCUACGGAGGCGGGUACGGUGGCGGCUAUGGAGGAGGCGGUGGUUAUGGUGGGGGCGGCGGAUGGGGAGGAGGCGGUGGAUAUGGUGGCGGAUAUGGAGGUGGUGUUGGAUUUGGAUUCGGCGGAGGUGGGGGUUACGGAUAUGGAAAAUAAGUCAAAACCAGUGACGAUGGUUCAAUUGAAAGUGAUAAAAACUAUUGUUUAUACCGAAUUUUAAUAUGUGGACUUGAUAAAAUUGUAUAUUUCCUUUAUCUUUAUUGUAUAUUGUAAAAUGUUUUUGUAAUUAGAGUAUUUAUUUUUAUUUGUUUGAUAUUGUGGCUAAUACUCUAAGUAUAACAGAACCGAUGUGAUAAAUUAAAAAAAUUAUUUUUAAUUGUACUAAUAAAGAUUUUUGAGCUCUAGUCUUUCUAA